AGCAACACAAAACACCUAUAGCUUUGGUCCACCAUCAUCACCAUUCACCACCCUCAAUUCAUCAGCAGAGGCAGCAGGGAAGGAAGGGACAAGAGAACGCAGCGUACCCUCUAAACCUUUUACACGCAAAACAACAAACAAAACACACCCUCUGCUCCCAGUGGCCUUGGAUCGGUGAUUGGGAAAAUCUCGAGAAGCUUUGGUGGUUGCAGUUUUUCUUUGGGACCGUCUCCUAGGUAUAAUAGAAACACAAAGGUGGCAUAGUGCCACCACUUGGUUAUGCCUGAUACGAGGUUGGCAAGGGCUUGAGAAUGGCAGACACAAAUUCAGUUGAAGUGAUUUUGGAUUUUCUGAAGAGGAAUCGGUUCACGCGAGCUGAGGCAGCUUUGCGUAGUGAGCUCAGUAACUGUUCUGAUGUGAAUGGUUUCUUGCAGAAGCUUACAUUGGACGAAAAGGACUUGCAUGGUGGGUUGCAGAAUGAUAAGGGGAAGCCCGUGGUAGAAAAUCAAGGGUUGGAUUCUCGUGACAGUGUUGAAGUUUCUAAAGAACUGAUUGUGAAGGAAAUAGAGUGUGGGACUGGUAAAAAUGCUUCUGAAAGCAAGUGGAAAACUGUUGCUCCUACUGGUGAAAGCAAUAAGUCUAAUGAAGUGGUUGGGACGAGUGACAAAAACUUCACUUUCUCCAAGAGUUCGGAGGACAGUGUUCUUGAUUUGUACUCAUGGAAGUUUAAUGCCAGCAAUGGUCCUGUGGAGCCUUACCAAAAUGAUGGUGGAAGUAGGCCUAAUAAUGAUUUAAAGGCCCCGGUAUCUCAGCAAUCAAAGUAUCAAACUAGUGAAGCCCUUGAUGCAACCAACAGGAAUGUGAAAUCUAGGGAGGAAAAUAAUGUGCCUGCCGAAAAAACAUCCUCAUGGCUUGGAAAUAUUGGUAAAGCCUCUACGGAACCAAAGUAUGACCUUAUGCAGAGCAAAGAACCUAGGGAAAUUGAUCGGCAGUUUAAAUUUAAUGCUUCAUCUCUUAAAGAGAACUUGACAGAUAAUGUCUUAUCAAGAACUGAUGAGAAUGUGAAUUCAUCUACAGACCUAUGGAAAGAUUGUUCUGUCAAGACUGUUUUCCCUUUCUCAAAGGGGGAUAUGUCUACAAGCUACAACGGUUCAACUUAUUCUGACAGAAAAGAGGAAAAGAGAAGGGCAGAAAACAGUGAUGUUAGGGCAUCAGUAAAAGAGCAAGUGGAUGAAGUGGGAAGAGCUCUUUACCUAGGAAAGUUGCAAGGCAGUUCUGGCAGCUUAAGUUUUCCUCUUGCACCAGAAAAUCAGAAGGAAGAGUUUCCUAGGCUUCCUCCUGUAAAGAUAAAGUCAGAAGAUAAGCCUUUUACUUUUAAUUGGGGGGAGAAGUUUGAGUGUGAUGGACUUGCUGUGAAACUCGCUGGUGCUGACAACACCUUACUUAUUGGGUCAUAUCUGGAUGUCCCUAUUGGACAAGAAAUUAAAAAUACAGGUGUGAGGAAGGCUAUAGGGGGCAGUUGGUUGUCUGUAAGUCAUGGGAUUACAGAGGAUACAUCUGAUCUUGUAUCAGGUUUUGCAACAAUUGGGGAUGGGUUGUGUGAAUCUGUUGAUUAUCCAAAUGAAUAUUGGGACUCUGAUGAAUAUGAUGAUGAUGAAGAUGUUGGGUACACGAGACAACCUAUCGAGGAUGAGGCCUGGUUUUUGGCACACGAAAUAGAUUACCCUAGUGACAAUGAAAAGGGGACUGGGCAUGGAAGUGUUCCAGAUCCUCAGGAAAGAGGUCCAGCCAAAGAUGAGGAGGAUGAUCAAUCUUUUGCUGAGGAGGAUUCUUACUUCUCUGGUGAGCAAUAUAUUCUACCAAAAAAUGUUGAGCCGGUCACUGCUUCAGAUGAUCCUAUUGGUCUAACAAUUACUGAAAUGUAUGGAAGAACUAAUGGUAAUGAUGUAAUGCCUCAAUAUGAUAGACAAUUGAUGGAUGUUGAAGAACUGAAUCUGAUGCAUAUGGAACCUGUCAGGCAGGGCUUUGUCACUCACAAAAAUGAUCUCAUCAUGAUGGGAGAUGGGAAGGUUCUGAAUCAUAGUGCGAGGUCACGAAUUGAGGACAUGGAAGAUGAUCAACAUGGUUCAGUUAGAUCAAUUGGGGUGGGGAUCAACAGUGAUGCUGCUGAUAUUGGCAGUGAAGUGCAUGGAAGUUUGGUUGGUGGUAGCAGUGAAGGGGAUUUAGAAUAUUUCCGUGAUCAUGAUACUACUACACACAGUUUGGAUAAGAAUUCUAUUAACAAAUCAUUCAAAAAUAAUAAGAAAAAUGACAAGACUGAGUCAAAUAAAUAUGUCAUUGACAGUGAUAAAGAUGCAUGCUCACAGAUAAAAGCACAUACUGAUGGGAACUUCUCAUUUCCCCAAUCUCUUAGAGAUAGCCAGAUGAUUCAUGCUGGCUCCAGUAAGACCCUAUGGUCGAGUAAUUGUAAUGUAGAAGAAGCAGAUGACUGUAUUAAUGCAUUUGUGGGAUCUGAUGACAUGCUUACUUCAUGGAAGAGGAAGAGUAGUGAUUCUUUGCCUGUUAAAAGUUCUAGGGAUGAGAAUAAUGCUAUUGCGGUAAGAUCCAGAAACUCUUCUCCAACUACAGUCUCGAAUUAUGGGUAUACUGAUGGAGAGCUUGUCAAACUAGAAAAGGAUGAAAAAGUUAGCAUUGUAAGGGAAGAUGAUCUAGGUGCAUCACUAGAGGAUGAAGAGGCAGCUGCUGUGCAAGAGCAGGUAAGGCAAAUAAAGGCUCAGGAGGAGGAAUUUGAAACCUUCAAUCUAAAGAUUGUGCACAGGAAAAACAGAACUGGCUUUGAGGAGGACAAGAAUUUCCAUGUUGUUUUAAAUUCUGUACUAGCUGGGCGCUAUCAUGUCACUGAGUAUCUGGGAUCUGCUGCAUUUAGCAAAGCUAUACAAGCUCAUGACCUGCACACAGGCAUGGAUGUUUGUGUUAAAAUUAUAAAGAACAACAAGGACUUCUUUGACCAAAGCCUUGAUGAGAUCAAGCUUCUUAAGUAUGUCAAUAAGCAUGAUCCUUCAGACAAGUACCACCUUCUAAGAUUGUAUGAUUACUUCUAUUAUAGAGAACAUUUGUUAAUAGUAUGUGAACUACUUAAAGCCAACUUAUAUGAGUUUCACAAAUUUAAUCGAGAAUCAGGGGGUGAAGUGUAUUUCACGAUGCCAAGGUUGCAGUCAAUUACCAUUCAGUGUUUGGAAGCACUUCAGUUUUUGCACAGUCUUGGACUAAUACAUUGUGACUUGAAGCCGGAGAAUAUUUUGGUUAAGAGCUAUAGCAGAUGUGAGGUUAAGGUCAUUGAUCUCGGAAGUAGCUGUUUUGAGACAGAUCACCUUUGCUCGUAUGUUCAGUCCAGGUCUUAUCGUGCUCCUGAGGUUAUUUUGGGGCUUCCAUAUGACAAGAAGAUUGACAUCUGGUCACUUGGAUGCAUCUUGGCAGAACUUUGUACUGGCAAUGUUCUCUUCCAAAAUGAUUCCCCUGCGACAUUACUUGCUCGGGUGAUUGGGAUCAUUGGCCCAAUUGAUCAAGGUUUGCUUGCUAAAGGACGGGAUACAUAUAAGUACUUCACAAAAAAUCAUAUGCUUUAUGAACGGAAUCAGGAAAGCAACAGGUUAGAAUACCUGAUUCCUAAAAAGACAUCAUUGAGGCAUAGAUUACCGAUGGGGGACCAAGGCUUCAUCGACUUUGUUGCUCAUUUGCUUGAGGUUAACUCGAAGAAGCGGCCUUCUGCAUCCGAGGCGCUGAAGCACCCAUGGUUGUCAUACCCUUAUGAGCCAAUAUCAUCUUGAAGUAUGUGGAGGUUUUUUCUCUUGGUGAUAGUGUCAAUAUUUUACCCUAAGCUGGGUAAGUUAAAUCGUUGAAAGGGAAAGGCACACCACCAUACAUGGUUGCCGCUUUUCAUUAUCUAUUUUAGAGAUGAUAUGGAAAGAGGAGUUGUGCACUUUCACAUUCCUGCAUGAUGAUGCAUUGAAAGGAGUUUGGUUUUUAUUGGUAAUACUUGUCUUUCCCAUCAAUGAUGUAAUUUAGCAUGUAAGAUGUAAUGUUAUGUUGUUGAUUUCUUUGCUUUGUUUGGUCUUUUGUUGAAAAGGGAAUCCUUGAAAUAUUGCUUGUACAUGAUGUGGGAUAAUUCAUUUAGUCUUCAGUAGUAUUUUUAGCAUGUUUGGUUACACGUUUUUUACGUUUGAUCAGAAGUGUUAGUAGUUAUUGCUUCUUCCUCGAAGAUGAAAUUUGUUCCUUUCUGAUGGGUUUCCAAACACGCAGUUUGGGACAGCUACUUACUAGAUUUUGCAUGGGGUUUGAUACCACCAUUGGAAGCACCACAGUUAAGGCAAAGCUGGUGGCAAUGUGAGACUCACGUAACACAUGCUUUUGUGGGAAUUGAGAUGCAAUUUUUUUUUUCUUGGGUUGGAAGCAACCAAAUUGUAUCUUGAUGGUGUUGUGGAGCUUCAUUUGGUUUAGUGGUAGCAAAUGGGUUCAACAACAAUUUCUGAAUUUGCUGUUCCUAUGUUUUGUUUCUUCUGUUAUCUGUUAUUAUGAUAUUAUCUUCCCCACA